ACUUUGCACAGCCAUCUCUCUAUUUUUCCUUUUUCUGUCCAUGGCGGCAGCAGGGGCAAUGCCCGGUGGCCUUCUCCUCACGUUCCUCCUCCUUGCUGUCGUCGCUUCCGGCGCCUACAAUGGCGCCGGCGAGCCGCCGGUCAGCCGGAGAAGCUUCCCCAAGGGGUUCAUCUUCGGGACAGCCUCGUCGUCGUAUCAGUACGAGGGUGGCGCAGCGGAGGGCGGCAGAGGACCAAGCAUCUGGGACACCUUCACACAUCAGCACCCAGAGAAAAUCGCCGACAGAAGCAACGGGGAUGUGGCUUCGGAUUCCUACCAUCUCUACAAGGAAGAUGUGCGCCUCAUGAAGGAUAUGGGAAUGGAUGCAUACAGGUUCUCCAUCUCAUGGACAAGAAUCCUUCCAAAUGGAAGUCUGAGGGGUGGAGUCAACAAAGAAGGCAUAAAGUACUACAAUAAUUUGAUCAAUGAGCUAUUAUCGAAAGGGGUGCAACCGUUUAUUACCCUUUUCCACUGGGACUCACCUCAGGCGUUGGAAGAUAAAUAUAAUGGAUUUCUUAGCCCUAAUAUCAUAAAUGACUUUAAGGACUAUGCUGAAAUCUGCUUCAAGGAGUUUGGUGACAGAGUGAAAAAUUGGAUCACCUUCAAUGAGCCUUGGACUUUCUGCUCUAAUGGCUAUGCAACUGGCCUGUUUGCACCAGGCCGUUGUUCGCCCUGGGAGAAGGGAAAUUGCAGUGUUGGAGAUUCAGGAAGGGAGCCUUACACUGCAUGCCAUCAUCAACUACUUGCCCACGCGGAAACUGUUCGGUUGUACAAAGCGAAAUAUCAGGCCUUACAAAAAGGGAAGAUUGGAAUAACUCUGGUCUCGCACUGGUUUGUUCCCUUCUCCCGCUCCAAAUCCAACGAUGAUGCUGCAAAGCGUGCUAUAGACUUCAUGUUUGGAUGGUUUAUGGAUCCCCUCAUUAGAGGCGACUACCCCCUAAGCAUGAGAGGAUUGGUUGGGAAUCGCUUGCCACAGUUCACUAAAGAACAGUCUAAGUUGGUCAAGGGUGCAUUUGACUUUAUUGGACUUAACUACUACACUGCGAACUAUGCUGAUAACCUUCCUCCAUCAAAUGGCCUUAACAACAGCUAUACCACCGAUUCUCGAGCUAAUCUUACCGGUGUACGAAAUGGCAUCCCCAUAGGACCGCAGGCUGCUUCACCUUGGCUUUACGUCUACCCUCAAGGCUUCCGUGACUUGCUACUUUAUGUUAAGGAGAACUAUGGCAAUCCUACCGUCUACAUCACUGAAAAUGGCGUUGAUGAAUUCAACAAUAAGACCUUACCACUCCAAGAAGCCUUGAAGGAUGACGCUAGGAUAGAAUACUACCACAAGCACCUCCUUUCCCUGCUAAGUGCUAUAAGGGAUGGAGCAAACGUGAAGGGAUACUUUGCAUGGUCGCUGCUUGAUAACUUCGAGUGGUCGAACGGCUACACAGUUCGAUUUGGGAUAAACUUCGUAGAUUACAAUGACGGAAGGAAGAGAUACCCCAAGAACUCUGCCCAUUGGUUCAAGAAGUUCCUCCUGAAAUGAUAAAAAAGCACCAUUGCACUCAUUGCUUUUCUCAUUGAAUAAUAAAAGAGUAUAUGUUUUGCGUGAAUUUGGUACAAGAGAUGGAAGUAAUCCAGUUAAAUAAUAAAUCCCUCUCUUACUGCA